UUCUCCCUUACUCGCCCAAUCUAUCAGCUGCAGAACUUAUACAGCAUCGCGCCCUUUUCUUUUUUCUUUUACCAUUCCCAGGGUAUUGGCUCCACGCCAACCCUGCGACGAAAUUGAAAUUCCGAAAACAAACACCAUGUCUUCCGAAUACGUAUGGACGGGCCGUGGUGGUGCUGGAAACAUGAUUUCCAAGGAAGAGCUUCAGAAAAAAGAAGAGGACCUAGAAGCCCAACAAUCCAAAGCAACCGGCUCUGCAAACCAGCUCGCUGCAGACGAGGUAGCCGCCCCUCCACCGGGCGAAUACAAGCACAUGGGACGUGGAGGCGCCGGUAAUUGGUUCCAGCCAUCAGAACUCGUAGCCCAAGGGGCCACCAUCACGGAUACCAUGUCGGUGACACCGACGCCCGAGCCAGUGGCCGAAAAGCAAAGACCCCCAUUCCUACGGCCAUGGCGUGGUCGCGGAGGUGCUGGGAACUUUGCACCGGACAGCGAAGAGGUACAGGCAGCUGAGAAGGAGGAAUUGGAGAGGAACAAACUGCAGCGGCAGCUGGAGGAGGCGGACGUCAGGGCCAGCGUUGACUCCACGCUUUCAAAGCCGAGCCAAGCGCACUUGAAAACGGGGGAGAAGAGAUGGGACGUUACAGGGUGGAAGGAAGCUGGAUUGUAGAAGGGACUGAGGGGCGAAGUGAGAGGGGGGGUUACGUUAGAAGGAGGGGUCUUGAUGCGGGAAUUGGUGUUCUUUAGAUUUAUUUAAAGGACAACUAGGGAGAGAUGGAGGGAUUGGGUGGAUGGAUUGAAAGAUCUGCAUUGACCUUUGAUUCCUUCCUCUUCUCUUUUCAAUUUUUUUUCUUCAACGCCCUUCACAAUCGGUCUUGGAGCAAAUUGGGGGGGGGGAAAUUGAGAGAGAAAGAGGCCUUCGCUCCGUGCUU